CUCCUGAGGUUUUCCUAAGUUGGGAGGCUUCUGCCUCAAACUCCAAUGCCUUGAGGCAUGGCUAGUUUGGCCAAGGAAGACAGCAAAUACCUGAUUUUGUUGAUAUUACUGAGGGUGACAAGCAAUUUAAGUAUUGAUCUCUCGGCUUUUCAUACAACUUUACAGGAUAACGUAAUAGUGUGUGGUGUUUUGAUGGAACUGACAGCUGGGUUUCAAGCAUGUUUUCAUUCUCUGUCCCUCUGUGUGUCUCUGUGCCUCUAUAUCCAAAUCCAUGAUGUACGCUCUGUUUUGCCGGGAAAUAAGGUUGCAUGGCUUCUCAUUUUUCUUGCUUGUGUAUUAGCCUUUCCUCUCCUGCCUUCUUGCAGAAAGGCUGCCUUAAUCCCCACCUUAAUGGCCCCAUUACACACUCGUUAGCCUCCCAGGGAGAGCAAACCCAGCCUUUGCCCACUGAAUAAACUUUGGCAGCUGGCUUCCCUUCUCCUUCCUGCCAAGCCAGGUCCAUCUGGAAAGGGAUGUCAAAGGGAGAGAAUCCACAACCCUCCCCAGAAAAGGCUUGUGUGUUCCUUCGCACCUUGUUAGCGCCGCAAUUAGCCCUUCCUGAGUGGCCCAUUAGCAGGGGGACCUAAUCCAUGGACCUCAUUGUUGGGCCAAGAGAUGGGCAGCAGCCUGGGUUAUAAGUGCAGCCUUGUAGGGGAGCCAAAUGGAAGGAGAAGUUAGAGGGAGAGAAAUCAGCCAUGUUCCAUCCCCAGCAACUGCUUUUACUUCUCCUGGCAUGGAUGCCCGCCUUCCCUGGCAGACCCUCCUCUCAUCUGGAGGCAGGGGCCUCCGAGGGCACAAGAGCCCAGGCCCUCAAGAGGCUGCUGGAGGUCUUCGGCAUUGGGGACCCCCCUCAAUCUCCCCAGCACAUCAUCCGGCCUCCCCAGUACAUGGUGGACCUCUACAACACGGUGGCCGAUGACGAUGGAGUCACCAAGGACCCGGACAUCUUGGAAGGCAAUACAGUGCGCAGCUUUUUGGACAGAACUCACGGUGACCAGAUGCGAUUCCUCUUCAUCCUGUCCAGCGUGGCAAAGAACGAGAGGGUCCUCACAGCCGAACUGCACCUCUUCAAGCUGCGGGCGAGGGCCACAGACGGACCUCUUCCCAGAAGGCAGCACUUCUGCCAGGUGAGCAUUUAUCAGGUCCUUGACAAAGACAGCAUGGAUACCCCUGAAGGCAAGAAGCUGCUGUCUGCUAAACUCCUUGCCCUGCAGGGAACCGGCUGGGAGGUCUUCGCCAUCACGCAAGCGGUCCGCUCCUGGAUGGACGAGGAGAGCAGUAACCAGGGGUUGUUGGUCACUGUGCGGUCUCUCGGUGGGGCACCCCUAGACGAUGGAGCCGUGCAGUUCGCGUCGGGCAGAGAUCACCACGAGAGCAAAAGGCCCAUGCUGGUGUUGUUCACCGACGACGGGCGUCGGGGGGCCCUAGUGGCUGGGGAUACCCAGCCAGAUGGGCGGGAAUUGCCGCAUCAGAACGUGGCCCUUCCUGGACACCUGGCAGGCUCCAAAUCCAACGGCACGCGGACCCCUCGCUCAGUGGACAACCAGCUGCCUUGCCAGAGGCUCCCACUUUCUGUGGACUUUGAGGAAAUCGGGUGGUCCGGCUGGAUCAUCUCCCCCCGGGGGUACAACGCCUACCAUUGCAAAGGUUCCUGCCCCUUCCCGCUGGGGGAGAACAUGAGGCCCACGAACCACGCCACCGUCCUCUCCAUCAUCAACGCCCUGAAGCUGAGCCAGGAAGUCAGUGGCCCCUGUUGCGUGCCGGACAAGCUGUUCUCCAUCAACCUGUUAUAUUUUGACGACGACGAAAACGUGGUGCUUAAGCAGUACGAUGACAUGGUGGCAGGGAGCUGCGGCUGCCACUGAGCCACACGCCUCCGUCAUGUGGGAAUGU